AUGGCUAGCAAUAGAUUUCCUGGGGAGUUUUUCGAGCUACCCGGUGAACCGACCGUGGAGUCAUCUAGGAAUGAUCCCUCGACAACUGGUAUGAGUGGUAUUAUUAAUUUGAAUGGUAUGUUUACUUUCGCUGUGGGGAUACCGGCCGCGUUGAUAUCGACUGGGAUUCGAAGGUCGUACGAGGAUUUCGAAACUCUGCACUGGCCCUUUCUUAAGGAUUCCUACACCACCGCCUGA